CUCAUUCUUAGUUAAUUAAUUUUCAAAAAAAUUCCAAAUGCGGAGUAUAUUUCACAUGGAGGCUGAUCAGCGUAAUCUCAUACGAAGUAUAUACAUCCUAUAAAUGCCACCAGCUUCGCCGUUCAUCACAAUAAUAUAUAUAUAUAUAUAUAUAUAUAUAUAUAGUUUCUUUCGGGUGAGAAAUUAACAAAUUAAACAUGAUGGUGAAGUCUGUAAGCGGCGGGCAUUGCGACUCUGAUGAUCACAAAAAGCCGCCGCACUUGAGUCAGCAUGACCGGAAGCCAUGCACUGAUGAUGGCGACGAUGUUCCGGCCGGGGACGACGGCGUUUCUGAGACCGGCCGCAGCGGCACGAGCGAGGGUGGAUGGAGCUUUCUUGUGGAGGAGCUGGCAAAUAAAAAUGCACGGCCACAACAAGGCGCGGCAGAGGCGGGGGCCGAGAGAGUUCAACUGCUCCCGCCUCUGCCUCCGCGGCGGCGUAAGAGCCGCUCCUUAUCCGCACUGAGUACGAAAAGCCUAGAGAUGUGUACCGAGGGCUUGGGCUGCGAAACUGGCUUCGAUAUGACUCGGAGCAUUGAGGAAUUGAUUGGGAAGCCGCCGCCGGCAGCGUCGGAACCAUCACCGACGAAGCCGGCGGGGAUGAUUUCGGGUGACAAAAUCAAGGCCCGCUUCCCGCCUCCGCUGACUUCAACGACCAAAGGUCGGGCGGGACUUGGUGGUGAUGGGGUGAAGAUGAUGCGGCCUCGUCGGGAAGGCGGCCGGUUGGUGUUGACUGCCGUCUCCGUAACCCGACCCGACUUUUUCUUCCUCUCAACCAGAUCAGAUGGGAGGCUCAUGCUUUCCUUCAAACAAUAGUUCCGAGAUUGAUGAUGACCACAGCAAUGAAGUUUCAAAUGAAGAUUUUGGCUUCCCGACAACGCUUUACUUUUGUGGAGAGAUCCUUCUCCUUCUUCCCUCUCACACUAAAACACCCACACUUCUAUUCAUAUUCAUAACUUUUUCUUUUUUAGUGUUCCAAAAUGUUUGCCACCGUUCACUUUUAGAUAUUUAAUACGGACUAAUAUUUAAAAACAAUUUUUUAAAAAAAAAAAAUUUCUACUUCGUCGGCAUGGCUUUCUCUUUUUUCCUUACACGUUACUACAAACACCUUACUUAUAUUGACCAAAGUGCAAUUAUAGUUUCAUUACGUAUAUUUCAGCUACAUUAUUAUGCA